AUGGGUUACUGCCACGGCGGGCGGCUUAUGACCAAAAACGGCCUGGUAAGGUUGGAGCGGCCAGAAUGUGCAGUGGACUUUUUUGGGUUGUUUACUUCCGUGUUUGUCAAUACAGCUGAGAAAUCCGAGACAACCAUCGUUGUUGUUUUCCAACUUCUGUAUUGUUUGCGCCAAAUACUACCUGACUAUCUUCCCAGACCAAUCUUCUACAGCGAGACGCCGUUCGUCACCCGUUUCGAUAAUCUCUCCCCUUUUCCAAGCUCGACACUCCCUUUACCAACGGCUUCUUACGAAAAUCCUUUGUCCAUUGUGCUACUGAAACCUGCAACGUCUACCAUUAGCUUGGCUCCCGCUCGAGAACACAAAGGCAGCCGACCCACGUUGGCCUCUAGAACGUUGGGCGACCCGUGGAAGGAACGCCAUAGCGGCCCAGAACAAAAAGGCAUACGAAACGCAUCGCUUCGAGGCUCGAAGUCGUUGAACGGUUCCUGGCCAGCCAAGCCUCGCCUGCCGUUGUCCUCUCCUCCGGUCUUUCAGCUCUGCAAUCCAGCCUAUCCAGAAGAAGCCACGCCCGAAACCGAAACCCAUCGUACUCCGAGCUGUGAUAUCAGCACUUGCCACGGCACCUGUUGUGGCGAACGUGGUCCUUGGAGUUUGAGUGCGUUAUAUUGA